ACGAAGAUGGCCGCUCCCAUCUUGAAAUGGAAGCGGGUUACUAACACUUCUGGACCAGGACCUAGACCUCGUCAUGGACACAGAGCUGUUGCAAUUAAAGAUUUGAUGGUAGUAUUUGGCGGUGGAAAUGAAGGCAUUGUCGAUGAACUGCAUGUGUACAAUACUGCUACCAACCAGUGGUUUGUUCCUGCAGUUAGAGGUGAAAUCCCUCCUGGAUGUGCUGCCUAUGGCUUUGUAUGUGAUGGCACAAGAAUCCUUGUGUUUGGUGGAAUGGUUGAGUAUGGAAAAUACUCCAAUGAGCUGUAUGAACUUCAAGCCAGUAGGUGGGAAUGGAAACGUCUCAAACCUAAGAAUCCCCGCACAGGAUUACCUCCUUGCCCAAGACUUGGACACAGUUUUACACUCCUUGGAAAUAAGGUCUAUCUCUUUGGUGGUUUGGCUAAUGACAGUGAGGAUCCUAAGAACAACAUUCCAAGGUACCUGAAUGACUGUGUUGUUCUAGAAUUGAAGCCAAACUCCAGCAUGCUGCAAUGGGAAAACCCAGUUACAGUUGGGAAUUCCCCACCUCCCAGGGAAUCCCAUACUGCAGUGGGUUACACUGACAAAGAUGGCCGCAGACCUAGACUGAUCAUCUAUGGCGGAAUGAGUGGAUGUCGUCUGGGUGAUCUUUGGCAGUUAGAAAUUGACUCAAUGACCUGGAUGAAGCCGGUGGUAAAUGGAUUACCUCCCCUCCCCCGAAGCCUCCACUCGGCAACAGUGAUUGGGAACCGGAUGUUUGUUUUCGGAGGCUGGGUGCCACUGGUUAUGGACGAUGUGAAGUUUGCCACACACGAGAAAGAAUGGAAGUGUACAAACACACUGGCUUCAUUGAAUCUUGACACAAUGACAUGGGAGCCUUUAGCCAUGGAAGUAUUUGAGGACGCCCUCCCACGGGCCCGGGCUGGCCACUGUUCCGUGGCCAUACACACACGUCUGUACAUCUGGAGUGGGCGUGACGGCUACAGGAAGGCCUGGAAUAACCAAGUCUGCUUUAAGGACCUCUGGUUUCUAGAAACAGAAAAGCCACCUGCACCAUCUAGAGUACAGCUAGUGAGAGCGAGCACUAACGCCCUGGAGGUUUGCUGGGGGUCUGUGCCAACUGCUGACGCCUAUCUCCUACAGCUGCAGAAAUAUGACCUCGUGCCAGCGCAGACACCAACACCCACAGCUACACCGGUUGCUAAUCCUUUAGUCAAGGCACUGCCAGUUUCACAACCGGUUCAACAGACACAACAGCCCCAGGUUCUUCAAACAAACACACCCGUAGCCCAAGUGGUCAGGCAGCAAGUACCAGUUACUCAGAUUCGAACUCUCGGAGGCCAAUUAGCCGGAGCCUCUCCUCACACAAUUAGAGUGACCAGCAUGACACGACCGCAGAUCAGGGGUCCCAUCACAGUACAGACCCUGUCAGGGGCAAUGCGAACAGGCUCACCUCAAAUUAUACAGCAGCAGGCAGGAAUCCGGCAGAUUGUCCAGAGCACUGCUACGACAAGUGGUGGAAUGACCGGUAUUGCAGCACUUGCUGCAGCUGCUGCCGCUACCCAGAAAAUCCCUGGUACAACGCAGCAACAAGUCCUUACAUCACAGAAUUCGGGAAUAAAAGUGGUCACUCCAACCAUUGUUACACCACAGGGCAUGAAAGUUACACCCGUGUCAAGACAGAUUUCUGGCACCACAUUCAGUGGAAACCAGACGAUUCGAGUAGCCCCACCUGGCAGUACCAUAAUCCGCGCAGCUAGCGGGGCAACACUGACUCCAGGCUCUAAACAGAUCAUAACAGUGCAUAAAGCAGGCAAUGUAACAUCAGGGAGUGGAGGCGGCCAGCCACAGAUUGUCACAUUGGUGAAAACAUCGCAAGGCAUGACAGUGGCUACGACCAAAGGCGGGACCCUCCCACAAGGAGCCACCAUAGUGAAGCUGGUCACAUCUCAGGCUGGGGGCCAAGGCAAACCAACAGCGAUCAUCACAAGUCAGUCAGGACAGACACCAUCGAACAUCAUCGGGCUCAGUUCUGUACAACCACAAGGCGCAAGACCCGCAGGGCAAACACAGACAAAGACAGUCAUUCGUACCAUCCCAUCUUCCAUGCUGUCAUCAAUGAAGGCCGGACAGGCAAGCAUUCAAACCACAUCCACAGGGGCCAAAACCAUUGUCAUAGCAGCCCCUAAAGGGGGUGUAGGUGCCGGGCAGACCCCUACAAAGAUCCUCUCCUCCAUGCCGAAGAUCGCUGGUCAGGGCAAUACACAGUUUAUUGUGGUCAGUCCACAGGGCAGCUCUGCAGUCACUGCUGGGUCAUCCUCUCUUGCUUCUGCUGUUGCUGGUCAUGCUAAGACUAUCAAUGUGUCGGCCCUACAGCAAGGCGUGGUCCAAUCUCCGCAUGUCGUCUCACAAGCCACUUCCAGGUCUAACAUCACCAUAGUUACCACAACACCAGGAGGAUCAGGAAACACCAUUAUCAAAACCAUCCCUGCAUCUCAAUUGAUCUCCUCAGCAACCGGCACCACGCCCACCUUUCUUAGCAACCAAUCAAAUUUCACCGUAGUCACCGGGGCCAGUCAUUUCCAAUCUGGCUCAGCAUCGCAGUCAAAACCUGUUCAGAUUACCAUAACACCCCAGGGACAGGUUGCGGCGGCCCCAGUUGUUAUGGAAACUUCUGAAACACCGGCUGAUGGUUCAGGUGACGGAACUUGUACUGACGGAAUACACUGUGGCACGCCACCACCUUGUACGGACGGAAUACACUGUGGCACGCCACCACCUUGUACUGAUGGAAUUCACUGUGGCACACCACCACCUUGUACUGACGGAAUACACUGUGGCACGCCACCACCUUGUACUGACGGAAUACACUGUGGCACGCCACCACCCUGUACUGACGGAAUACACUGUGGCACGCCACCACCUUGUACUGACGGAAUACACUGUGGCACGCCACCACCUUGUACUGACGGAAUACACUGUGGCACACCACCACCUUGCACCGAUGGAAUACACUGUGGCACGCCACCACCCUGUACUGACGGAAUACACUGUGGAACACCACCACCUUGCACUGACGGAAUACACUGCGGCACACCACCCCCCUCAGAAGAUACUCAUUUUCAACCAAUUAAAGACAGUACAUGUUCUGAUGGUAUACACUGCGGCACACCACCGCCUCAAGGUACUUGUGAUGAUGGUAUUCAUUGUGGUACCCCACCACCUUGCACUGACGGAAUUCAUUGUGGCACACCACCUCCACAAGAAAACACUGGAGCAUGUUCCGAUGGAAUACACUGCGGCACACCACCGCCACAAGGAACUUGUGAUGACGGAAUACACUGUGGCACUCCACCACCGCAAGAAAACACUGGAGCAUGUUCUGAUGGUAUACACUGUGGCACGCCACCACCACAGGGUACUUGUGAUGAUGGAAUACACUGUGGCACUCCACCACCGCAAGAAAACACUGGAGCAUGUUCUGAUGGUAUACACUGUGGCACGCCACCACCACAGGGUACUUGUGAUGAUGGAAUACACUGUGGCACUCCACCUCCGCAAGAGGAAGCGGAACAGCAGGAACAGCAAGAAAACCAAGAUGGCGAGGAAUCAGUUAAUGCGCCAAUAACAGAAGGGUUACAACAACAGCAGGCAGCUGAAGAAUCUCCCAUACCAGAGGGUGGUGAAGAAGACCAGGUUGCUAUGGUUUCUAUGGAAGCUGGGGAUGGUUCCAUAGGAACGGAAGGAGAUCAGGGAGUUACAGGGGCCGAGAGUUCACCACUUGAACAGCAACCAGAAACUGCUGAAGAACCCAAACCUGAUAUCAAGGAAGAGCCGAUGGAUACUGCAGAACAUCCUCAGAGUGUUGCCGUACCAGUACAAAGUAUAGACCCAAUCACGGGCCUACACAAUGGAACACCAAUACAGCUGGACACAGCGAGCAGUGUCGGUCUUCUUGGCUCGUCCACAGCUCUCCCGGACCAGAUUUUCGCCACAUCAGGGUCAGACGGUGGUGCACUGGCGGAAUUAAAACCAGAGGAUCUUUUGAUGCCAAAGUCAGAGCCAUCUGAUCUCGCUGUCUUGGCUGCUACAAGUUCUGAUAAUGACCCGCUAGCGACACUGGCCCUGGCGGCAGCAUCUUCUGCAGGAGCUGUAACAGCUGUGAAACAGGAGCAAGCUAGACCUGUACAGGAUUUGAAAACAGUGAUGACAGUUACGACCCCUAAGAAGGAUGGUAACCAGUGGUUUGACGUGGGUAUCAUCAAGGGCACGUCAUGUCUUGUUUCGUACUAUCAUCUGCCUGCAGAGGGCCAGCAGGAUAACGUGGAUCUCAUGGAGAAAAAGGAUCACAGUGUGUUGAAGCGUCAGGAACUGAUGCCAGGCACGGCAUACAAGUUCCGUGUCGCAGGAAUCAAUGCGUGUGGUCGGGGGCCAUGGAGCGAGAUCUCUGCCUUCAAGACGUGCCUGCCCGGCUACCCAGGGGCUCCAUCCGCCAUCAAGAUCAGCAAGGUGGGUUCUAUUAGCACAGACGGAGCGCACCUAUCCUGGGAACCUCCACAGAACACAGCGGGGAAGAUUACAGAGUACUCUGUCUAUCUUGCGGUACGAAACUCUUCCCAACCAGUUGAACAGAAGCCUGGUACAGCCGCCCAGCUCGCAUUUGUCCGUGUGUACUGCGGGCCUAAUGCCUCGUGUGUGGUGAACUCUAGCAGUCUCUCUUCAGCACAUAUUGACUACACGACGAAGCCAGCCAUUAUUUUCCGUAUUGCUGCGAGAAAUGAGAAAGGUUAUGGCCCAGCUACUCAAGUCCGCUGGCUGCAAGACGCAGCUCAAGGAGCAGUGCCUGCUGCAACCAAGAUGGCUGUCAAGAGAACUGUAGACUCGUCACAACUGCAAACAGCACUCUCUCAGAUGAAGAAAAUGAGACCAGACGAAGAAGGCUUGUAACUGCACACAGGUGGUCGUAAAUGAAUGUACCACAAUAUAAUAUAUACACUGUGUUGCUAAAACGGAUGGUCAAAAUUAAAUGUAACACAAUAUAUCAUGUACAUUGUGUUGCUAAUACAUAAGGGGGUGAAAAGCGAAAAAGGUUGCAAGUGAAAUUAAAUCAGGAUCAUUUGACACCAUCUUGCUUUCACACCGCAACAUGUGUUAACCAUGGAUGGGGUUGAGAUUUGAGGUUUUAGCAUCCUAAUGUCGACUUGUUUGUUGAUGUAUAAAGUUUAACUGAUUUAUGAUUAAGACUGAAGGUUUCAAAGUUGUAUAUAAAAUUGUCUCAGAGCAUUUUGUUGUUGGUUCUAUUAAUGAAUGUUACUGUUUUCUAGUUGCUGAUUGUUGUAAUGAAAAUGCUAUAGACUUUAGUCUAUAAAAUACCUUGAAUGAAAUUUGUUAUUUUAGCAUGAUGUUGUUAAUGUAAAAUGGAUGAAAAUGAUCAGUUCAGUUUUAAGUUUAUUGUUAUUAUGGCAAUAUUAAUAUAUGGUUGUUCUUAAUAUAAAGCAAUACACCUGACCAGCUCUUUAACAAGGGAAAUACACCGUAGUUUCGAUGGAACAAAUGUGCCAUAAUUUAGAAGAUGUUUUACCUCGAAUUAAAAGAUAGAUUUCUGAGUAUUAGGCCACAAUUAAUAAAAAGGUUGUUUGCCAGUUCCUGACCAGCUAGUAAAAAAUUCACGACUCAAAUGUUUGUAAAGUCUCUGAUAGCCAUUUUUGUUUUUAUUCUGGAAUUAAUGAGUUAAGCAGUAAAAAACACCUACCAACCCAUGCCUAAAAAACGAAGGUAUGGAUUUAUAAAAGAAUCUAUUUAUAAAUUUCUGAGGAUCUAAUUGCUCCAGGGAGCAAAUUUGAAGGCCUGAUAGCCCUUAAAAGGGCUUGGAAAAGGCCAGUUUGGAUUCUGAGGCCAGCCCCAAAAAGGGAACUUAAGGGUACCCAAAAUCUUAUUGCUAAAAUAAUUUUAUCUGGUGAAUCACAUUCCUGUUAAUUGUGGCCUUAAUCUAGGUAAAAUUGGAUGAAUGUUUUAAUUUUUUGUGGUUGUUAACGUGUAUACAUACUUGUAAAUAAGUUGUUAAGGAUAUUUUGAUGGCAUUAUACUCAGAAUGGAUUGUUAUUUCUGAAUCUGUUUUAGGAGUUGAAUUAUUUUGGGUACAACGUUAUGUGGCAGCAUGAUUCAUCUUGAAAAGGUCGAGAAAAAUAUGUUAUGGUUUCGGCAGUUGUGGAGAAUUGGAAAUACAAUGUAGUUUAAUUUAUUCAAAGGAUGUUUGAAGCAAUAUUCUGCUUGUCUAUAUAUGUAUUAACUUCAUUUCAAGCUUUAUCAAUUGAACUUUAAGGACAGUUUUACCUCUUUUACUAUAGGGCCUAAAUAAAUUUUAAAAAAUUGGUUCAGGUUACCCGUCUCUACAGGAACCUACAGAAUAGAUGCAGACCCUACCAUAUUUUAAUACAUGGUUUAAAACCUUCAAAGCUUUAUACAGAAGAUUACUUGAACAACAUUCUCUAAUGAUGACUAUAAAGCCUGAUAAAAAAAAAAUACCCACCCAAAGUGUUUUUAAAAAGGAUGUAACCCUAACCAAACCAUUUAUUUUUGGUUUAAGAUGAAAUGCCGCUGCCUUCACCGAAGUAUACUUUUAUUUGACCUCUGCAAGGGUUCGUUUUUGUCUGAGUUACAUGUACAUAAUGUUGAAGCAUUUACCAUUAUUUGUGUUUUUCAUUAUCAUGAUCGGUUAUAUCUCAGAUACAUACCAUUAGGGUGAGCCAUCCAUCAUUAAAACAAAAAAAAUGCUACUUGUAAAGUUAGAAAAUGUUUAAAUCAAAUAUUUGUUUAUCUUUUACUGAGAGCUUUUUUUGAUAAAUUCAUUAUGUUAUGUAAAGUGACACUUUUCUUCAAAAUCAAUACAUACACAUGUAUAACAAAAAAAAAAUUGAGUGAUAAACCUUUAACUACUUACUUAACAAUGCAUUUAUGGAAAAUAUAAGCUACUGAUAACAAGAUUGUUACCGUGUAUUUAUCUGCUGAAAACGCAAAACUAUUAAAUGAUUGGUGAGUGCUUAAAGAUUUACUAGGAUCUACUAUCGUUUCAUAAGGUAGAAAAACCGUGUUUUUUAACAAAUUAAACUCAGUGUUACUUUUAAGAACCCUUGUUUUCUACAUUUAUUCUUUCUUUUUUGUAUAUUAUAUCAUUUGUAUUAAUUGUGGUAAAUCUUAUUUGGGUGUAAAAGUGCAUCUUAAAAAAACAAAUAAUUAAAACUGCUAUAUAAUCAUAGUAAAAUUUUUGUUUUAUUAACUUCCUUGAAUAAAUCAUAUAAAAGUCGCGUCAUUAUGGUCUUAAUAAAGAAGUAAUCCUCGCAAAAAAAAUAUAAUGAUUAAUCACUAUAAAUUCAACUUAGAAAAAUCAUAUGGAUGUUAGAUCUGAAAUGCAAAAACACAUCUUUUCAUCCCAAUGAUGGAUGGCUCACUAUAAAUAACUUUCAUAAUGUAAUGAUGAAGUUUGAUAUUAAACAUACUUACGCCCAUUCACGAAGGUCAUAAAUUCAUGUUCAUGCGAAUAUUUUAUUACUAAUAAUUAAGUGCUAUAAAAUUUGAUAAGAAAUUGAUUCAUCGUUGCUCUAUUUAUGUACAUGUUCAUGUAUAUUUUUAUUCCUUCUGAAAUAUAUGAAUUAGUUCUUGUCAUGCCAUGUUUAUAAUAUCAUUUUCAUCAGCCAUUUUAAGAAUCCUAUUAAACUCACUGAUUUCUCUCAAUCCUCAUUGAUAUCUGAAUAACCAAAUUUUGAUCAUUUACAUGUCAUCUUCAUCAUCAUCAUCAUUAUCACUAAUUACCAUCAUCAUCAUUAUCAUUGAUCAUUAUUACCAUCAUCAUAAUCUUUGUCAUCACCAUCAUUAUCAUCAUCAUCAUUGUCAUCAUCAUUAUCACUAAUUAUCAUUUUCAUUGUUAACAAUAUUAUCAUCAUCAUAAUCUUUGUUGUCAUCACCAUCAUUGUCAUUAUCAUCAUCAUCAUCAUCAUCAUCAUCAUCAUCAUCAUUAUCGUCAUCAUUGUCAUCAUCAUCAUCAUCGUCGUCGUCGUCAACAUCAUCAACGUCGUCGUCGUCAACAUCAUUAUCAUCAUUACCCUUAUUUGUUUGAUAUGUUAAAUCACAUCGCUGUAAAUUCAUCAUCAUCAUCAUCAUCAUCAUCAUCAUGGAGAUGACAGAUUCAUUGCUGUAUUAAUUCAAUGCUGAACUGAAUAACACACAAGGGUCUAACAAUAUUGUUUGUCAAAGUACUUCCUUUCAAACCAAAAGGUUGAAUUGUUGUACUACAUAAACUGUAUGCACUAGAACCAAGAACAACUAAAAAUAGAUAAUUUUGAUCUCAGCCCGAAAAUGACAACACCAUUUCUUACCAUGUUGAAAUGGUAGAAUUAGCAGAUUUCAAAUCAGCUUUUAACAUUUCAGUUACGAAGGUAUCUUUUUUUAUAUUAUUUAAAGUUUACUUGGCUGCUUUUAAUCAUGUACACUGUUUAUUAGGCGCUUGAGGAGUAUUAAGUUGGAUUACCUCGGCCUUUUUCCAUCGAGAACAACGUAGGAUGUAUGCCAUAGCAUAAAUAGUUAAGAUUCCUAAAAGUCAAGUCCUUAGGCUUAACUGCAUACUUGUAAUUGAAAUUGUUAAGUGAUCUACUUGCAGCUUAGUUAAAUGUAAAGAAUUCUGACAUUGUAAACCGUCCAUAUACAUCCGAGGUUGUUUUCCAUGGAAAAUGGCCGAGGUGUUUCAAUUGUAUUAUGAACAGCAGCAGUAGUCUCUUUCCCCAAGUAAAACUGUGUACAUUUUCGAAUAAAACUUGGUCAUAAGUAGACCAGAUAUCAAACCAUGAUCGAUAUUGUCCUAGAGUAACUCAUUGAUGUAUAUAAAUGCUAACAUCUAUCUAUUGUACAAAAAUCAUGUAUAUUACAUAUUAAAUAUUCAUUUAGUCAU